UCGCGGAUAAACGACAAUCAAAAGUGCCAAAUCUAACGACGACUAUCGCCGCGGAGUGUUAAUUGACGCGUGAUUACUUCUUAAUGUUUCAUUAAUGGACGGAUAUGUGCAGUCGCUUCGUUCGUUAAGUCGCGACAGCCAUUAGCCUCGUUGAAGUCGUCGAUGUAUCAAGCGAUACGUCGUGUUUAUUUAAUCACGUCGCGAGUAUUACUCGGGUAUCAGAAAUGUCGAUCGAAUUUGGGAUACUAAUGGCAUAAUCAGUAAUGAUCAGUCGUGUGUUGACUCUUGGCGUCGUCGGGUGGACGACGGUUGACGUACCGGCAAAGUGAAUUUGUCGCCAUGACAGAUUCGAAUAUACGGAAACGCGUGAUUUUCGAAGAGACAUUGAAGUCGGCGGAGGCGAUAGCACGCGCUCAUGGAGGAGGCACGGAGUCGCGUGCACGGCUGCAUUGACGGAUUCAAGGAUGAUUCUCGUCGCGCGCGCUUCGAAUGCAACCGUAGACGCGGAGUGUCGGAGCUGUGCGUGUGUGUCGUACGAGUGUGCGCCGCGUAGGUAAGGUUAUGAACGAAAGUAGGUACGUACGGUGUAUCGCGCGCGUUGUGAGAGAAGGGAGAUCGCGGCGCGUUCGGGCGAUCUCGGCUGGUCGCCGAUCUCUCACGAAGCGCUCCGAAAGUAAAGCGCGCGGCAGACGGUCUUCGCGCGCCGAGCUCUCCGGUCGCUCUCGGUUACGACUCUCUUGGUGUGCGAGUCCACGGUACGCGACAACUUCGAAAUUCGGAUCGACGUUUUAAUUAACGAAUUGACGUGCGUUCUCGCGAUACCGAUUUGCAACGCGCUCACAACAGCCGCGCAUCCGAGUUUUGUGUACACUCGCGGUCGCGAUACGCCCGCGUGUUCACGACUGGAAAAUUUAGUUGCCGACACACAGUGGUUCUUUUUGUGAUGUGCACGGAAGCUACCAACGGCCGCAAGAUGACGAUGACCAUCACCUGGGCCUGUGUCCUCGCCGUGCUGUGCUCGAUGACUGUUAAAGCAACGGAGCUGGAUAUAAAAAUCACCCCGCAGAGGGAGACGGCUGUACGGGUCGGCGAGACUUUAGAGAUCAUGUGCAAGGCUUCACGGCCGCUUCGCGUUUGUCGCGUAGAGAUACCCGGCGAGAGGUACGCCAUGGUGUUAGCUGAGGGACAACCGCCGGAAGACGGCAUCGAGUAUUCUGGCGCUGGUAUCAAGACAGGCGACUGCGGUGUCCGUAUCGCUAAAGUGAAGGAAUAUAAUGAUGGUCUCUUCAAGUGCACCCUGACACCCGAAAACUCGCGACAAGAACAAAGUGCAUCCCUAAAGAUCAUCGUUGCGAGGCCACCCGAUAAUCCUGAUCUUCGCAUCAGUUCCGGAACUAUUAAGAGGAACAUAUACAGAAAAGGCGAAAAGAUAGAAGUCAGUUGCAGCGCUCCAUCUGGACGACCAGCGGCGAAUGUCUCUCUCUUUCUCGCGAGGCGUCGCGGCGACGAGGAGACUGCGGAUGGCGUCGGCGCCGGAAGCGAGGCGCACAUCACGCCUGGCGACGAGGACGAAGAGGAUCACGAGGAGCGUAUCAUCGACGAGAAAGUACCGCAGGGAGGCCAAGAGAAUCCGAUACACGCGAGCACCGAAUACGUGAACGGCCGUACGGAUGUCAAAGACAUCAAGAAGGACGAGAAGACGGACACGCCCGUUUAAAAGACGCAGGGACACACGACUCUUCUCGCUCUUCUCUCCUCUUUUCUUUCUUCCCUUGUCGGAAAACCGAGCUGUCGCGCGUUUUCCACGCCACGCCGGACUUUAGCGGUAACGCAGUCUCACCAUUCGGAUUUCCCGUUUCUCGCGAGUAAAACGCGCGGGCGUUCCCUCGUACAGAACGUUCGCUCGGAUCGGAAAGUCACAAUCGUGAAGGCACACCGUCUGCUUCUCACCUACGUUCUUCGGCGCGAAUAAGAUCGGAUUGUUUUAACCCUGUCGUUCUCCACUAGCAGUCAGAUACCACGUAUUAAAGAGUACGUAAACUAGAGAGUUGUAUGUAAAUUUCCGUAAAGCGACUGUGUCAUGUAUUUGACUUGUUUGAAUGUGAUUCUCUGAAAUGCCUAGUGUAAUUGUGUAUAACACGGUGGAUUAGAAGGAAUUAAAAAAUUUAUAUAAGAAGAUUAUAUUAUAUGAAAUUAUGAAAGAAAUGUAAGAUCUCUCUACUCUAUUGUAUUGCUGUAUCGAUAAUUACUGCGAGCUGCAUAUAAGUAUAAAAAGUAAUUCUAAACGUACAAGAAUAUACAUUUGGGAAUGAGAGGGUUAAAAAGACAGUAAUGCCUGUCUUCAUGGUAAGUUCAUAUUUCAUUACAUCUAUCGUAACUAAAACUUGAAAAGUUUUUUAUUUAAUGUUUUUUCUUACAAAAUGACAAUGAAGGCGAUAGACUUGAAAAACGCCAUCUUUUUGUCUUUGACUUAUUUUGUCUUUGAUUUAUUUUAAGUAAACGAUUUUAAUAGUUAAUGGUAAAUUUUCACUCAUUAAUAAUCGUCUUUUUUCUUUUGAUAUGAAUGGACUCUUUAUAUGAAUUACGGAAUUGUCGCGCGUGUUUUACUAAAAAUUUGACUCGUAUUUGACAAAUGUACUAUAUAGAAGAGUUAUGAAACUUCAAUAUCACAAACCAGCGAUCGCAAAAUUGCGUACGAGUAAGCCGAAUUAAGCUUUGGUACGAAUACUAUCUUUUAAUUGCGUGUCAUUCUCAUCUUUUUUAUAACAACAACCAAAAACUCUUGACCGUAAUAGAACCGUACGUGUUCGCGUCGAAGAAAAUCGAUUCUUGAGUCAACGACUUUUUCAGCAUACCGAAUCUCCCCUUCGUCUUCGUUGGUGAAAAAACUGUCCCACGGAUCUGAUUUUUAAUUUUCUCGUACGUGUGUAAAUAGAAUCUUAAGCGUUAAUGCAAGUUUAUGUCAGAUUUACAUAAUACUCGAAGAAAUUAAUCGAUUAUUCCAAUACAUGUUUGCAUAAUCCUAGACUUAUUAUCGAUACCUUUCAAGAUCGUGACAAGUGAAUUGACAUGUGAUCUUGAUCUAAUUGUAUGAAUUGCAUAAGGUUUCAAAAUACUUAAUAUUUGAAAAUAUCCUCUUCUUUUUUUUAAGAAAAAUUAAGAUCUGACGUAGGGGUGCAAAUCUCAAUUUUUUGACGGAUCUACGAAAUAUAUAUAUAUAUAUAUAUAUAUAAGAGAUAAAGUCGAAGUGCGGUAUGGCGAUUGGGAGAUUUUCGUCGAGACUUCCUCGCCACUGGGGAAAAGACAUGUGUCGUUUUUGUGCUGAACAUUUAGCGAUAAUUAUAAAAUAGACAUUAUGACAAAUUUCACGGAGGGUGUACAUCGUCCUCGGAUCACGAUAGGUAUCCUUACAUUAAACCGAAUAAAUCAAAUUGCGCAGCCGAACGAUUUUUUAUAAACAUUAUACACAAAUGCACACACAGAACACAGACCCAUGCACGUACACAUAAGGCAAUAUUUCAUUGUUAAAAUGUUAAAACGUUACGCGUGUCCAUACGUACGAGCUUGCACGUAACACUCGACACGGAUUUUAGCUUUAUCUAUAGCAGAAGUUGUACGGGAUGUCCUACUUCUAGUAUCAAUAAUUAAGAAAAAAGUAAGUUUCUUUUUUUCAAUUUUUUAUAUUAAUUAUUUGUAAAAUUAAAUAAAAAUUCUGAUACAGUAAAAUUAAUAAAUAACAAAAUUCAGCAAUUCUACACCAGAAUUUCUCUCUUUUGUUCUUUUUAAAAAAAUCGAUUAAUCGGAUAAAGAUUAGUCUUAUAUAAGUUCAUAAUUUUCGACGAACUGCUUAAUUUGUGUUAAAGUAACGUGUAUGCACAUUAUUUUCGCUAAGAUAAAUAAAUACAUUCCGUUAAAUAUUUUCUGUUAACACACUAAAACUAUUUUUAAAUAUAAAUACAAAGUUUUAGCGUGUUUAUCACAGUGAUUAUACCUUUUUUAUAUUUUCUGCGAAAUUUGCUGCAGUAAUGCGAUCUUGGCGUUGAUUUCCGAGAACAGACGGAUUUUGAUAAAAAAUUUUACCUGGACACGCUUCUAUCGCACUCGUUUUAAUGCUACAAAAUUUUUAUCCUGUAACGCAGCGAAUUUUAACAUAUAUUCGUAUAGUACUUGUGCAGAAAUACAUGACAAGAGCAUAAAACUGAACAAUUGUCAUGCACAGAGAAAGAACAGAUUCUUGCAAAAUUUCAUGAUCGAUAGCGUUGCGUCUUUAUAUCAUUAAGGGCCACUACUAUCCUAUGCCUUUUGUACUGUAACAGCUUUACGAAUACUGUAACAUUCCUGACGUGUGUUUUACUUAAACGCAUUUUAUCGAAAAGAGAGAGAUCUUUUCAUAUAAGUUACAUAUAAAUAUAUACAUGGUACAACAUAAGAUCGCAUCGCGCGACCAAACCGGAAUGUUACGUAAGUUCCUAAACAGGAUUGCAAUCUUACAUAUUACUUAGCUAAUGCUAAAGAAUUUAAGGAAUAUGUAUUUCUGAGUUGAGUCAAUCAUUUCAAGAUAUGAAUAUUCGAGGUCUUACACGGAAUUGAUAGCUUUUGCCAUGAUUCAAUUGCAUUUCUGGCUUUCCUAAUUUAUGCAAUUUACGAAACAUUCUGUAACAUAGUUAGUAGCGAACUAAAUGUUUAAUGAUGUCUCGAUUAUCUAUUAAGCACAUGAUCUUAUAAAAUACGAAUUCCACUUGGAGAAUCUCAUUUAUAAAAGGACACAUGUGUAAUGAUUAUUGCGUUUUAUAAAAAAAGCGACGUUUUAUAUAACAACGUUUUAGUAUAAAAAAUUCGUUCUCGAUCUGACCGUAAAUCGCGCGAUUGAUGGGCCCAAUCGAGCCGAUCAGAUUUAUAUGAUGUUCUUAUGAUAUACAUACAAUACCGAUAGUCUCCGUUUAUCGUAAUUUUUCACUGUACAUGUUUUUUAUGAUAUAUACAUGUGUACCGUUAUUUGUAAAAGCGCGCUUGUGAUUAUACAACUGAUUAUACAAUUUUUAUACAAAAAGAACGAUUUUAGUUUCAGUACAUUAAAAGCUCAUUUUUUUCAUGAUGCAUGCAACGCCUGUUUUACAAAAUCGACACGCUACGAGUUCAAAUCUACGAAGAUAACAGGAGUUUUUAAAUGUAGAAUUUUGAUAAUCAAGCGUUCAAAACUUGUCACAUUGUUAAAAAUAUUUGCAGAAAAAUAUCUCAUGACGCGUAUUAAUGUUGUCGCAUUAAAUGUAUCGCCACGUACAUUAAAUACCUUUUCUGCACUGCGACAUAUAUUCAACAGGAUUAUUGUGAGAUUUGCAUCAAGCUUUAAAGCGUAUUUCUCAACAGUUUUCGUAUUAAUAUUGUUUUUAUAAAAAUUUGACUUUCAAUAGGGUAUAACCACGUAUGCAGAGUUUGCAAUAAUUCCCAAAGCAUCCUAAUAAAAUAAUUUUUCAAUAUGUAACUUGUUACAAACUCGUUACAAACAAUAACCUUCAACGUUUAAAUUAAAUCCAUUUUAAGACGAUUUUUAUCGAUCUUGAUAUAAAUUUUAUUUCCAAAACUUUAAUCAAUAUUUAAUAUUAAAAAAUAGUAAUAGAUUCUUUUUUUAAAUGUUAAAGAAUGAUAAAGUUUCUGUUGCGAUAUUUCUUCCCUGUUCAGAGAAUACGCUCUCGCGUAGCUCGAUGCAGACUUCUUCGUGAUGCUAGAUAUCAUUUUAGCAGUGCAUCAACAGGAGUGCGUCAGAGAUUCGUUCCAAGUGAGCUUCAUAGAUUCUUAUUGUUAUCUUCGACAAUAAGUGUCAUUUGUACUUUUGUACUGGUGAAGUUUCCUUAGCUGGUUAUCGAACGUGACUGUACCAUCUAAAAAUAAAACACUCGCACGUGCGCAUACAUUUACACAGCCACACACACACAUGCACGCACGCAUCUACACAUACACAUGCGGUAGACACGAAUAUGAAUUUAGGUCUUGUCGGCAUCGCGUUAAAAAUCGUAUAGAUAAUAAAUAAGAACCAAAGGACGGAUUCUCUCGCGUACCAUUCGUCGAUGAUACAUUUCCGAGUUCUGCACAUACAUCUCCUUCGCUGUUUUUCCGAAUGCAUUCGUGUUUUCACUUACAAGAAAGAGGGCCGUGCUAAGACCAACGAGAUCAUCGAGGUUCUCCUCGAAAACGCAAAACGGCAAUUAAGCCGUUAAGGGAUACGAUAGCGCGAGUUUUGUCGCGUUAUUCCGCACGAUCUAAACGAAUCGCGCUGAAUGGAGAACGUCGAUAGGAACUCACUCGUCGGUCUCAUUGGACGGCUGAAUUUCUGCUGCGUGUUGUACAUACUAAAUAUAAAUAUAUAUAAAUACAGAUAUAUAUAAAUAUAAAUAUAAAUAUAUAUUAUAUAUAAAAUAUGGCGGUACGAGAUCGCGAGAAUGAAAUGGUACCGAGUAUAUAUUCCGCGUCGGCGGCACUUGGCCUGCAACUUGCGAAUUGCCGAUCGCUGUCGCUCGUCCGCGCUUGCAUUCCAAUUGCCGAGGCGAUCUGUCGUUAUCUGUCGCGAACUGUAAUUCAGGGUGAAAGAUAUUGUCGGGAGCAGAGAGUGUAAGAUUUACUUAAAGGAAGUUGUGACGAGGGUGACUCCGGGAUGCACGAAAGGGCGACACGCGUACGGGGAGGGUAAGGUGCGUUACGGAAGCAGAGACGCGAUUAGCGGUACCAAGUAUCAGUGUUCCGGGGGAUGAAACGACCAAUGUUGUUCCUUACGUGUCACGUCCUACAUCUAGGCGUACGCCUUCUUUAUGACUGCAUAAUAAAACGAAGGGAAACGUCGUGCGUUCGGUUAUAGGGCAUUUAUCCCAUAGCUCUCUCGCGUCUCCUCCCUGCAAGAUCGUAUAGGAAACUCAUCCCUUUUAUUUCGCUCAUCCUUCUAUUUCCCGAUUCUCGUAAACAUGCUGAAAGUUUCUUCGGCCAUUUCCAUCCUUCUGCUUUCCAGCGAUGUUGGAAGCAGAGAAACGGAAUGUCGUAAGGAUAAGAAGACAGAGAAAUGACAUUGGUCGUUCUACUUUCGAUCUGCCGAUGCCUGCGAGUCGUCACCAAUGAGGAAACCCCGUUCGCGAGGUCGGCGAGGUUGUCCGCGUUGUCGCACAGAGGCUGUCUCGCGUCACUUUUCAACCUGAGUAUCGAAAUCUGUUAGUAUAUAUAAUAUAUAGUAUAAAUAUAUAUAUAUAUGUGUAUAAUUUAUGCAUUAUAUAUGUACGAUCACGGUAAUAUAUAUUAUGUAUACUAAUGUCAGUAUAUUAGUAUAUAUAAUAGAGCCUAAAAACGGAGAAAGGGGAAACCGCGCGUUUAUCUAAAGAAAGAAACGAACAAAAAGAACAGGAAAAAGGAAAGAA